ACCUCUGGCAAGAUGAAGACUUUUUCUAUGAUCCUCCUUGGGUGCGUUUUCGUCGCAGCGUUGAACGCUCAUCCAAGCCCAGAGGCGAAGAAAAAGGAAAAACGUGGCGUUGCCCUGUUCGGCCCGGCGGGCUACGAUUUUUUUGGAGUUGUUCCAGCUUUCGGUGCCACAGCGUGGGCUCCUUCCAGUUUUGGUAAUCCUUCUUGGGCCCCCUCGCCACAAGGAGACUUGGCCCUUGGCCAGAUCGAACUUCAGGCCACCCACAAUGUCGCUCUUCAAGCACUUCAAGACCCUUAUCCCGGUACUCCGAGCAUCGCCUACCCUCCGGAUGUCAUUCGUGCCGUUCACCAAGCCAAGGAAGCCAACAACAACGUCGUGGCCGCCCAACAUCGCGUCGCCGAAGCCAAACAAGCUGCGAUUAUUCAGCAAAAAAUCGCACUCGCCAGAGAAGUUGCUGCACGCGAAGCUGCUCAACGAUCCGAAGAAAUUUCGGCUCAGGCCCAAGCAGAAGCAAGAGCGAGCGCCAAACAACUGGUUGCGCUCCAGCAGAGACUGGCCACUCUCAAGGAUUCAGUCGCUGCUGCACAGCGGGUUGCCGCAGCAAGGGAAGCAGCAGCUGCGGCUGCGAUCCAGAGAAACGCUUCCGCGACUGCGGCAGAGCUCAGGAAGCAAGAUGUCGACAAGCAAAUCAGUCAGAGCGAACGGGAAGCGAUGCACAAAGACGCAGUGGCAGCAAAAGAAAAUGCCAUAGCAAACGCCGUUCAGAACUCUGCAGCCCAGAAGCCCCCUCAUCAUCCCUGGGGAUGAUUCAAAUGAGUUUUUCUCUCAAAAAAUCAUCGUAUCAGAAGAUAUGAAAAAAUGAUCGUUCAGUAGCUUCGAACGUAGCCGAAGGUGGUGGCCUUUUUGCAGAGACAUUUUUAUAAUCCUGUACUGUAAUUUUUGUAUUAUUUUUUAACGUUGUUACGAAUAAAGUUUUCAUCGAGAACAAAUCAUGAAAACUUCGACUCGUUUUUUGUGGUGGUGGUGGUGACGAUGCAUCGAAUCAGAGAAGUCGAGGAUCAAAGGUUGAAGAAUUUUCAAGUCCACAGGUGAAAACUUUUGUCAACGAGUACGAAACGCACCCAGAAUAAUUCGCCACGUCAACGUCAAAAAAUUCAUUCGAAAUGUUGACGAUUCCAAGGAACGGAAAAAGGAAUAAUGAAAUGUAAAAAUAAAAUUGUAAAAAUGA